CAAGAAUCAUGCAAAGAUUAGUUUGAUGUAUAGCUAGAGGAACUUGGCAUUCGUGUUGGGAGUUCUAACCCCUAAUACAAACUGUGAAAGAAUGAGAACACUGAGAUUUAUACAUCCCUUCUUGAUAUUAGUGUAUGGACUACUGAGGUUAUCGUUAGGAGAAUUUAUGCCUUAUAAGAUUCGGUUCACGGUGGUGAAAUCUCUGACAGGAGGGAGACAGGGACCCACAACUUCAUGUCCUGACAGCACCCGGCAGAUUUCACUGACGCAGUAUUUACAGGACAAGAAUGAUUUGAUUCCUCUGGACAUUGAUUACAUUAGCGUGCAGUUUAUCAACAUAACAACGAAAUCUCCGAUACGGAGUGUUUUGGUGCCACCUGGUGGAGGGCCCUGUUACCAGGAUCUGGCCAGUUCAGAAGAUGUCAUUCCUUCAUCGAAAGUCCAUGGCUCCUGUAAAGGACUGAAACAUACCGAUAACAUUAACACCGAGACCAUUUUGGUAAAGAAGACGUUUAAAGAAUCAUGUCGACUGAAAAUCUCACGUGAGUGUAACGAGACUGUGUAUGAUGCUCACUGUGUGCCCUGUGGCAGUGGCUGUACAGAGGACUGUUACGUGGUGAGUGGGACUUGUAAAGGGGAGUAUGUGUGUGAGGAGCCCUAUACAGAUCUGUUCUGUAACACAACUUGUGAAGGCGAUAGAUACGGACCCUUGUGUGGUGAGACAUGUAGCCCGAAUUGCCUCACUCAGCCUCAGUCUGGGGACCGGAACUGUUCACAGUCAGACGGAACCUGUCUAUUGGGCUGUUUAACAGGCUGGCAGGGGAACAAAUGCGACAAAAUUUGUUCACCCGGUACAUUCGGAGAUGGAUGUAAAAGUACAUGUAUUGGGAACUGCCUUGAAGGAGACACUUGUUCUCACAUCAAUGGGACCUGUCCCCGGGGUUGUGAUAAAGGGUGGGAAAAUUUCCAUCCUUGUGAUAAGUCUUGUACAAACAACACGUAUGGUGUCGGCUGCUCCCAAACCUGCAGUACAGGAUGUGUCGACGGCGAAUGUGAUAGAAGAAAUGGAACGUGUUUGAAGGGAUGUCGAGAAGGAUAUAGGGGACCCAAAUGUUCAAAGUGCCCCAAAGGAACAUACGGGAAGAACUGUGCAUUUAACUGUGGAAAAUUCUGUGGGAACGGGACGUGUGACUUAGUCACCGGAACUUGUCCACAGGGACAGUGUGCUAGAGGGUGGAGUGGUCUCAAGUGUGAUGUGGAUACCUGUUUGUAUACAUAUGAGGAGAGAUGGUGGGAUUUUUUCACAUUCCUGGUGGGUUGUGGGAUUGGGGUCGGAAUCGCUGCCAUUCUAAUGAUUACUGUUUUUGUCAUCUACAAGUUCAUGAGAAGUCGCAGAGAGACCAGGUUUAUGAAUGGGUCCCAACAGGCCGUCACAGGGGGUGUUGUACAAUUGAAUGUCUUUAAGUAGUUAGAGACAUUCCUAUAUAGAUGUGAUAGAAACUAAAGAAACUUUUGAUCAAUGGUGGAUGUAAAAACUAGCAAAGAUAUUGUUGCAUCAUUGUUAACUUGCAAUUGAUGAUAAAAUUAUAUCAGAUGAAAUUAUCUAAUGAAAAGUGUCAACCAAUUCAAUAAAUUCAUCCAUCAUUAUCAAUAGGGAUAAGUGUAUGUAUAGUGUUACGUAUGUCGACCACUUUUGUGACUUUGUCAGACACGAUGUUGUACUUUUGCACUGCCGUAUUGUGUUACAUGUUCUACCUAUUUUGGUGUUAAAAAAAUCAAUGCAUGACAAUAAACCAAAAAUUAAUUUAAAAUGUAUGUAAUUUUAUAUACAAGUAACAUUUAGCAUUUACCAAUUGAAAACUUAUUAUCGGUUUUCACAUAUUUUAUAAUUUGUAUAAAGACUAGUCGCAUGUAGGAGCUAGUUUGAAUUGUCAUUUUUUGGUUACAAAGAGUAUAUAUUAGUUGUUGUUAAUUGUGAAGUAAGUUUAUUGUUUUUAUUAGCUCUACUGAUCAGUUUAUGCGAAUGUAAGGUUUCCAUCGUUCGUCCGUCUAUUUGUCUUGUCUAGCUGUCCAGCUGUCUGUAAAGAUUUUCAAAACUUUACUCCUCCAAAAAUUUUGGAAUGAUUUUAAUAUAACUAGGCACAUAGUCAAGUAGACUACUAUAAGAUAUAUAAUUUAGUGCAUCGAAUUUUGAACUUUUCUCUACCUUUGAGAAAAAUGAACCAGUGGAGCUACAGUCUCAUCAGAGACUUCUGGUUAUAAUUUUACGCUUGCAAAAUCACUAGUAUUUUAGAUAAAAAUAUUAUAUUUAACACUUUUAUGCACUGAACACCUUACCAGGUAAUCAUCACGAUGGACUAAAUCUCACUUAAUAUAUGUAGCCCCAUUUUUAACCUCUAUUGAUCAAAGAUUAUAUCUCAAUAUCAAAGUUGUGUUGUAAUGCAGGUAGAGUAUACUAUAGAUAGUUGAGGUGACAAUUUUCUUUUCCUUUAAUAUAACCAAUAGACAGUCUAUCGGAUUAUAAACUUACCUUUCAAAUCUCCAAUAAAGUACAUAUCUCGACAACUUAUACCUCAUUUUACUGUGAAUUUUUUUAUGACAAAAGAUUAUUUUUACUGAUACAUUUGGAUAGUAUUUUUUAUGUUUAGUAUUACAAAUAUUUCUUUGAUUUUGUAUUUUUGAAUACAUGUACAUGUACUAGUAAUUACAAGUUUAAA